AUGGAUUUUGUUUUAAUAUUAGUUCGUACAUUAUGGCUUCGAAAUUCUCAAAAUUUUAAAAUAAUUUUAAUGUCAUCAACAAUUGAAAUAGAUAAAUUAACUCAUUAUUUUCGUCAAGUUAUUAAUGGACAAAUUCUUCCAGCUUAUCAAUUUCAAAUAGUUGAUCGACUUUUUGAUGCUCAAGAUAUGUAUUUAGAACAUAUACAAAAUUAUGGUCUUUUACCAGAUUUAAAAUUAAGUGAAGCACGUUUAUCUCGUGAAGCAGUUGAUCUUGCUAUUAAAUUAAUAAAAAGUUUUGAUGAUGAAGAUAGUAUGGCAGGAUGGGAUCAUACGAAAAAUUUACCUAUUAAACGUACAACUGUACUUGUUUUUCUUCCUGGUUUACUUGAAAUGCAAACAGUUCAUGAAGCUCUUCGAUUUCCACGUGGAAAACCAGAUUCAGCUAAAUUUAAUUUAGAUGAUUAUGAUGAAUGUUUAAAAUUUAAUUAUGAUAUUAUUUCAUUACAUUCAGAUUUAGCUAUGGAUGAUCAAAUGAAUACUUUUACACCAGCAAAAAGUACUUUUAGAAAGAUAAUUUUGGCAACAAAUAUAGCUGAAAGUUCAAUUACAAUUCCUAAUGUUCGAUACGUUGUCGAUUUUUGUUUGAAUAAAGAAAUGGUUUGUGAUCCAGAAACAAAUUAUUCAUGUUUACAACUUGUAUGGGCAUCAAAAGCGAAUUGUGAUCAACGACGAGGUCGAGCUGGUCGUGUUGCACAUGGAAAAUGUUAUCGUCUUGUUAAAUUACAUUUAUAUAAUUCUCUUCCAGCUUAUCAAAAACCUGCACUUGUAAAAGAAUCACUUGAUCGUGUUGUUCUUCAAGAAAAAAAAUUAAAUAUUGGAGAACCAAAAUCUAUAUUAGCUCUUGCAUUAGAACCACCAAAUAUCAAUGAUAUUGAAGUGACAAUACUUAAGUUAAAAGAAGUUGGUGCAUUAACAAUUCAUAUGGGUCAAGAUGAAAUUCGUCCAUUUGAUGGAGAUUUAACAUUUCUUGGAAAAAUAAUGGCAGCAUUAUCCAUUGAUAUUGAAUUAUCACGUUUAAUUGCAUUAGGACAUGCAUUUGGUUUAGUUUAUGAAGCUGUUAUUAUAGCUGCAUGUUUAUCAACAAAAAGUAUUUUUAAAAUUUAUUAUAAAGAUCAUUUAGCUGCUUAUAAAAGUAAAUUUAAUUUUGCUGUUGGAACAUUUUGUGAUUGUCAAGCAUUUUUAAAUGUUUAUAAAACAUGGCUUUAUCAUGAAAGUAAUCAACAAUUUCGAACAACUGAUGCUGAACGUCGUUGGGCACAUUUACAUAAUGCUGAUAUAAAACGUUUACGUGAAGUACAUUUACUUAUUGAUGAAUUACAAAAUCGUUUACGUCAAUUACAUAUAUUUGUACCACAUGAUAUUAUCAUUGCUGGUGCUUUUUAUCCGAAUUAUUAUAUUCGAGAACCGAUUGAAUCUGAAGCAGUUGAUCGAGAAUUGUCAUCAAAAGAUCCAUUUAGAAUAAUUAUGCUUCGAAAUGUUCCAUUAAAUGAAGGAAUUUUAUAUCGAAGUCAAAUUGAAAAACAACUUAAAUCAUUAGUUGAUAUUGAAGAUAUGAAAAUAACAUUUGAAAAUACAAAAUAUAAAUAUAAAAAUUAA